AUGAAGUUUUUUUUAAUAUUUCUUUGCCUAUUCAUAAUAUCAACGAAAUCACAAAACACAAAUUCCAAUUACACGACUUUUAAUUACACAGAGAGUACAUCAGGAACUGCAUUCCCUCACAGUCAACCUCUUGUAUUAAACGUUAAUACUUACGAUGAUGGAACAAUACUCGUUCUCAUUGCACGUGCACAAAAUGAUUCAGUACAAGAUAACUCUUGUUCAGGAUUGAAAUUAGAACCGACAUUGCGUAUAAGAAUUAUUAAAGUAGAUGGAACUGUUAUUGAAAUUAAUUACCGUUACAUCCUUGAUCCUCUGAAUUUUUGUAUAAUUAAUGAUACAUCUGGCAAUCAAUUAGUUCCUAUUACAGUAUAUGCUUUAUAUGAACCGUUCUUUCUAGUAAAUUAUGUGAAAGCUGCAAAUUCAUCUGACCCUACAACUUAUGAGGAAUGGGGGCAAGUCAUAGAUUGGGAUGGCAAAAAUAGAAGUGAAAUACAUUAUGGCUCAUCUCAUAUUAAUCAUAACAACUCUUGGGAUCCACAAAGUGCAAUUCAAUUAAACGUGAAUAAGAAACGCGGAUUUCUUAGAUUGGGUACUACAAGAAAUAGCAAUUUUAAAUGGAAUUUAUGGCAACAGUAUUCAAUCGAUGAUUUUGGAACGUUAUCAUUGCUGCAAAAUAGUAGUAUUUCAAUUGUUCCAAUAGAUUCAAUCUCUUCCCAGAGCACUAUAAUGCCAACUAUUGAUGGUGGCUAUGCUGUAUUGAGUGUCAAUUCUUCAGAUAAUAACGGCAAUGAUUCAUUACUAGCCACACGGGGUGGGCUAUAUGCGACCUUUUUAUCCUACAACCAGUCAAUUCCAUCUACGCAAGCUCUCCUCUACCAAUUUACUUUUCCCAAUAUCAGUUUUAACGGACUUUAUUGUGACGUAGCACCCAAAGGAAUUGGUUAUAGAUGCUUAAUUGCCGUGAGAGCAAACAAUUCGGAAUUAGAUUAUAUAAUUGUUAAUUUUUUAACCUCUGAAUCGGUGGUAUCAGUCGGUAUAAUGCCUAAUAACAUAACUGGUCUGCCGAGUUGGGGAAUGCAAGCAAUGCCACUCGGUGGUUAUAUAUUAUAUACAGUGCUUAAUAAUAAUUAUUAUAUUUACCCUUUUGACAGUGCUGACAAUCCUUUGAAUCCACUGGGACCUUUUAUUGCAAAUUCUUUCGCUACAAAUUUUAUUGUGGAUGGUUAUAAUCCAAAUAAUCUUAAUGCUGCAAAUUCUAUUAUGAAGAGUAAUAACACUUUUAUACUAGCUUCGCCUGAAACAAAUGAUGAAAAAUCUUCUUGGUCUCUUCUCAUUAUUAAGUUACCUAACGUUUUUAAAGAUUCUGGUUACGGUAAUCUUCAAAUAACCCAGAUAUUUCCACCCGUCCAUAGCACUGUUGAUUCAUCGACAACUACUUUAAACAUUACCUUUAACAACACUGUUGUUCCGUCAAUCGGUUCUAUCUCCAUCUAUAAAUCUUCUGAUCAUAGCUUGAGACAAAGUUUUCAGGCAAUAAGUAAUGAUUUCGUCAAAUUAAUGGAUGAUAAUAAAACAGUCAACAUAAAAAUCAUCGGCAGCACAUUUAAUCAGUUCAAUGAAACUUAUUAUCUGCAAAUGGACGCCAAUUUUGUCAAAGAUGAACAGCUCUACGAACCAUUAACUGGAAUUGAUGAGGGGAUUGUGGCGUAUACUUCGA